UCAGUCAGUUCCGGAAACCUGGAAUCAACACGUACACAACAUCGUUAGUCGCAGUCGGGCUGAGCGAGCGGCCAGUAGAAAAUUGCGAGAGGACAUUGGAAACAAUCUGGCACAAAUCGGCCAGUUCUUGGCCGAACGCUGGGCCGACGUGAAUGCCGCGUUAGCACAACGAAUUCGGGAGGUGACUGAUGCUCGUAACCAAAUCCAAGCCAGCCUGGGACA